GAGGGGGCGUCUCUGUAGAUAGGGGCAGAGGCCGUGGGGUCAGGGGAAAUGCCUAUCAUUCCCAAAACAUGAUGGGCGGCAGUGGUGUUCCACAAUUGGGCUCCUCCUCAUAUCCAAGAUCACAGAGCGGCUUUGAUCCAGAUGAUGUUGGCAUACGCAUUGGAAGGCCUAGGCCCUGGGCCGAACAAAAUGGCGAGGCGGAAUGGAAUGGCACAACGAGCCCUAGAAAAGAGUUUAAUCCAACAGGCCGAGCAAACACGGAUAAUUGGAGGAGACAUCGCGGCACGGAUGAUGAUGACGGGUGGCGAAAUCAACCUGAACAGAGGAGAACUGAAAAAUGGGGUCGAGGUGGUGGUACAUCAUCCAGCUGGCGCGAUGGAGACACCUCUGGCGGAGGACAAGAAGGUGGCCCUGGUGGUGACCGAGAACUUUUAUCCAGGGGCAUAGAAAGGCUAGAGAGAGAACUCCGAGAACGAGGAAGCGGAGGGAGUGCGAGUGACAGAGGUGAUCGAAUUACUCAUAACUCACAAAGUAGUGGAGCAUCCGCGGUCGCCAGAUCAUGGAAUGCUCGGA